UUGUCUUGCGAAGGCGGAGGCGACGAACGUACGAUACGCCACACACAUACGGUCAAAUGAAGUUGUAACCGUCAGAACGGAUUGAAAGUUACCGAUUGGAAAACCGAAAGCGGAAGAAGGCGACUUGGGCAAGUUAACUGAAAGCCCAAAAAGACUGAAUGUUGAGCUAGUAAGGUUAUUCUACACGGAAAGUCAGAUUGUUGAUGUUUGAAAUUUCAAAAUGAUCGGCCUUCGUCUGCUAUUGUUUGCCUCCUUUUUAAAAUUAGCACUGUCUAGAUCAUACGCCCCAAGCUUAAAUUGGAACAUCAGAAACGAGAUAUUCCAGAACAACACAAAUAAACUGUGCAGAAAGCCAGCCCACAUCUUCCUCAACUAUGACACCCAAAUGUUCUUCUUAUGCCCGCAUGUGAUAUUGAAAGUUGCUCAUGCUACCUCACGUUUAGAUUCCUACCAGGUCUAUGAAAAUAUCCACAUGGUGACCAAAGCUGGGUUCGAUUCAUGUACAGUGGAUCUUCCCAACAGCCUGCUUUUGAAAUGUGAUCGUGGAUUAAGAGCGUCGCGCAUCAAAUUCGAACAGGUCACUUUCAAUGUAUUCAAUUGGAAUGGAUGGUCAUUCAUGCCAGGGAAUACCUACUAUUUUAUAAAUACAGGGAAUGGCACAAAGAAUGGUCUUAACAGCAAGUCUGGAGGGAGGUGUCUCACACAUAACAUGAAGUUGAAAGUUACAAUUUGCCCAGAAAGUGGCACAUGUAAUAGUUGUAAAGAUAUGUGCUGUGAGAAACCACCUACUACCAAACCGCCAACAACAACACCAACUACCACACCAACCACCACACCAACCACCAUACCAACCACUGUCCAGACCACUUUACAGACAACACAAACAAUGCCAAAGAGCCUUGUCAUACAACAAGAAAAAGAUCUCUAUAAACCAGAAGAUGACAAAAAAUCAAAACAAGAGAGAACUGAUGUUGAAGUUAGGGCGUCAAAACCAACUCCAACCAUGGUUACAAAACAAAAGCCAGUGAUAACUACUACCAUUCCAGCCAAUGAAGGCCAAUACGAAAAGCUGGGCAAAGAAUUUGCAAAAACUUCACCAAAGUUAACAAUUCCACCUGUUUUAACCACUGUGAAGACAAUUUCAGCCCAGAACCAGAAAAACACAAUGAAUGGUUCUCACUCAAGCAGCAAGUUAUUUGAGAUAAUGUUUUUCGCAUCAUUGGCAAUCAUAUUGCUGUUGUUAUGCUGUAUAUGUAAGUUAGUUCUUUGCAAGAAGAUGAAAGGAUUUUCAGGGACGCAAAAAAAUCAAGAUUCUGAAAGGCCAAUGUUAGUACAAUGCUGUGAUUCAUCUGAAGAAAGUAAACAAUCAAUUGACAGCCUGCCAAUUUUAAGACAAUGCUCUGAUUCAUCUGAAGAAACUAAACUAUCAAUAAACAGCAAAACAUUCCAUACACAUCUCAAUAAGCCCAAUGAAAUCAUGCAGCAAAUAUCAACUUACUCUAAUGAAAGUGGAAAGUCAACAUCCACAUGCACGACUGGAGUUUCUGUGGAAAAUACACCAAUUGGGGUGGAGGUCUAAGUAAAAUACACUAUACAGGACCAUAGACAAUCAGAACUGGGUGGAUAAUGAGUGAUUUACAUGAUGAGACAUGUUAAUCCACUACAUCUGCCUCCAUGGCCCCCUGACUUUUCUGUGGACAUUAACAACUGUCCACUAAGCCUGUGCCGUAGACCUUCCCUUCCAAAUGAAGAAAGGUUCUACGAAUUAAUUAGGGCAAAGCUUGCUAGAGGCUGUUAUUAAUUUAUGCAUAAAUAUUUUUUAAUAAUUGAUCAUUACCAGACCUCAUUGGGGCUUUCCUUGUCAAGCUCAAUGACAUGUUAAAUGAACCAUAGUUAAUUGAAAGGCCUCCUUUCUAUUGAUUAUGAAUGAACUAAUAGCGGGGAAUGCAAAUGUUGAUUGAUGUAUCUUGUGUUUUGAAACACACCUUGCAAAGGUAUACAUGCAAUACCCAAUGCUGCUGUGAAUGUUUCAUCAAACUCUGCCACACCUGAUUGUACUGUCAUAUCGACUUGCAUGUCCUUAAUUAUACAAGUAUUAAUGCUCUCACAUAAAUUAAGGUCCAGAAUUUGAGAACGGUCUGUAGCAAGCUUUGCCUCAUUAAUUCGUAGACCCAUCUUCUUUUGGAAGGAGGGGGGGUCUACAAUGUAGGCUAAUGUCCACUUGGAGUGGGCACAGUGGAAGAGUUUUUGGUGUUUAGUCAAACAUCUGGUUUUGAAUGUAAAUAUUUUUUAAACAAUCUUUUGUAGAUACAAAACUUGAAAAAAGCCAACACUUGAGUAUACUAAAACUUUGCAUCUGACACUCUUCAGAGUAUAAAAUGCGAGAGCAUAGGUUGGAAACCCUACGUUAGGAAAAAUAUAUACCCAGUUUUGGAUUGAAAUAUGCCAGGCCAAUCAGAAACCCGAUCACAUGACUGUUAAGGUUGACCAAUUAGUGCUGCUUGCCUAUUGAGAAUGUUACCAAUGGAGUCCUAAGGUGAAAAUGAACUUCUUUUGUCUACAUAAUAGCAGUUUUUUCCUGCUUAUGUAUAUAUAGAUUCCAAAACUGCUAGAUGAAACGAUGAUCCAAAACAUGUUGUUAUUGUAGUUUUUUUGCACAAUCUGGGUUUUCCAGUAAAUGCUGCCUGAUGGCAGAAUUUCAGGUUUUAGCUGUACUCUUUUAGAUCUGCAAGACUGAGGUGGCUGUUCUCUUUGGAGAUGAGAUUUUUUUCUAAUAUUAGACGGAACAUGGUGUUUUAUACUAUCCUCCAAUCUUUGGGUAGUGCGUCCUACGUAGCCAGAAUCGCACUGGCACAUAAAUUUUAGUGUCAGACGAAAAGCUUUAGUUUACUCAAAUGUUUGCUUUUUUUCAAAGCCAAAAUGUUUUUUAGAUUUACUCGUAACAGUGUUUUGUUGUAAAUGUUUACAACAGAAAUAGCAGCGGGUUGUCAAAUUGUCUUUACAAAAUACCAUUUACAAUUAUAAUCUAAAUUCCUUUCUAUCAGAAUUUCCAACCAGUCUCUUCAAGUUUUCACACCUGGUUAGGGGUGUAAAAAUUGGGUUUAGCCAAGAUAACUUUUAUGCAAUGAUCAUCUUUUGGUUUUUCUAGAUGGCUAUCAUAAUAAAAGACAGAAUCCUAUUCGAAUUUAUCAAAUUCAUUUUCUUUAAGAAACCACUUUAUUAGCAACCUGUUUUCAAUUUCUUUAAAAUUCUAAACACACAAGUAUACACCUUAAAAUAUAUUGCUAAGAAUCCCAUUUUCCUCUUGUAUCAUAGCUAUAUUCUGGCAUAGCAUCAUACUUUGAAACCUUUUUAAAACAAAAGUAUUUGCUUGUUUCCCCCUUAUUAUUGUUGUUUUGUUGUUUACCAACAAAGGCUAGAUUCUAAAAAUAGACAAAUGAACUACCUUGAAAAUAGGAUUAUUGUGUAAAAAGGUUUGUGAUGUUCAGAAACCACUGACAAGAAGCAUUUCCCACAAAUCAACACUUGCAGUGUUGAACAAGAUUCCAAUUUACUUGUAAAAAUGAAGUGUACAUACAAAUGUGGUGUAAAAAGGGUUGCAUUUUUAAUUAUGGUAAAGUAUUGUAUUUUUUUGAGUUUGCAUUACAUUUGUGAAUAAGCUUAAGGAAAAGUAAGAUCAAAAUAUGACAAGAAAAA